AUGUCAAUCACGAGCGAGGAGUUAAACUACCUUAUUUGGAGGUACCUCCAGGAGGCAGGCCACGAGGUCAGUGCAUUAGCAAUGCAGGAAGAGACCCGGGUGCUGGAAUUUGAUGAGAAGUAUAAAGAACAUAUACCGCUGGGGACGCUAGUGAAGCUAGUUCAGAAGGGAAUACUGUAUACUGAGAGUGAAUUCCUAGUGCAGUAUAAUGCGCAGUCGGAGGGGGCGGACGCGGAACACUACGGCAAAGACUUCAACCUUGUACAAGCACUCGAGGUAGAUAAACAACGAUUUCCGGAGCUCGUUGCACAGGGGCGCUUUGCGCUUGCGCACGAGCGAGAAGAGCCCGAGGCGGAGCCCGAGGUUACACGGCUGGAGAGCGACGACUCAUUUAUUAAGACAUUGCAGUGUGUGCAGACGUUUCCGCCGGGUUACGUUUCGCAAUGGAAUCCGAAGCACGAAGGUGUAUUUGCGUACGGCGAAAGGGAUUCGCGGGCAGCGGUCGUUACGUACUCCGUUGCAGACGGUCUGUGGAACAUAAGUGAGACCGUGGUACUGCCGCAUGCCAACACGGGCCAGCAGAAUGAGGUCACGUGCCUGGAAUGGGCACCCGGCGGCCAGAGCCUCCUGACGGGGGUGGAAAGCGGCGAGCUCAGACUCUGGUCUGUCGAAGGCAAGCUCCAGAAUAUCCUGAGUUACCAUCGAGCCCCGAUUGUGUGCAUCAAGUGGAAUAGUGAUGAGACCCACGUGUUGACGUGCGAUGCAGACAAUAUGACAAUUGUAUGGAACGUACUUUCGGGGACGGCGGUACAGCACUUCAGCUUCAAGGAAGCUGGCACAGAAGAAUCAUUGGGCGUUGACGCAACCUGGAUUGACCAGGAUAAGUUUGCCAUUCCAGGCAUUCAGGGAAGCAUUCUUGUGUUCAACAUAGGCAUCAGCAAGCCAAUUGGGAAGCUGCGUGGCCAUAGUAAAACGCUCACCACCAUUGCCUAUAACGAACACAAUAAGCUGCUCCUGAGUGCUUCCGAUGACAAUACUCUUCGCGUAUGGCGAGGCGGAAACCUUAAUCCUUCGCAUGUGUUCUAUGGCCAUUCUCAGUCCAUCACGUCUGCUCACUGGGUCGACGACGACACGAUCAUCUCUACGUCUAUGGAUGGCUCUAUUCGCGUGUGGUCGCUGGCUUCGAACUCCACCGUCGCCUCCGCAACUGUUGAUGGGGUGCCCAAUUUUACUGGGGCUCUUUCGCCAGACCAGGGCAAGUUUGCCACGGGUACCUUAGAUGGUGAAGUGAUGGUAUACGACAUCCAGAAGCUUCUACAACAACUGAAUCACAAUGGAUAUCACGGGACUGCGAGGUCUGCGGAAGUCGCUCGUAUCCCGGUGGUAGGCGAUCAUCGAUCCGCAAGAGAAGGUAAUUAUGUAACGCAAAUUUCAUGGAGUCAGGAAAGCACUCAACUGAGUGUCUCAUAUUCUCUGGGAGAUAUAAAUAUACUAUCGGUGGACUGA